UUCCGCGGCCCUAAUUCGGUAGACGGGGGCCCAGAAAAAAACUGAGACCAAAAAAUCCUGUCGGUGCGCUGCCGCUGCCGCUGCCGCCCGUCAGUCCCGCCACGGCCGAUGAUCCGGCGUGUGAGCCGCCGCCUCCUCCCGGCCGUCUCUCACCACACUCGCACGCCCCGCCGCGAACUCGCGGCCAACGCGGCGCUGCAGUGGCUCGACGACGAGCUCACCUCGCUCGCCCUCCCCGAACCCGGGCGCGGACCCGGGGUCGACGCGCACGCGUGCGCCAGGCUGCUGCAGGGCUGCGUCGCGCGCGGCGACGCCCGCGGCGGCCGCGCCGUGCACGGCCACGUCGUGCGGGGCGGCGGCCUCGACCUCUUCUGCGCCAACGUCCUGAUCAACCUCUACGCCAAGCUCGGGCCCCUCGCUGGCGCGUGCAGGGUGUUCGACGGGCUGUCGGAGCGGAACAUGGUGUCUUUCGUCACGCUCCUCCAGGCCCACGCGCUGCGGGGGGAGUUUGAGCCGGCGACGGCGCUGUUCCGGAGGCUGCGGCGGGAGGGGCACGAGGUGAACCAGUUCGUGCUCACCUCGGUGCUGAAGCUGGUUGUUGCCAUGGACGCUCUGGGGCUCGCCUGGGGCGUGCACGCUUGCGCGUGCAAGCUGGGCCAUGACCGGAACGCCUUUGUCGGGUCUGCGCUGAUCGACGCCUACUCCAUGUGUGGGGUUGUCGGUGAUGCAAGGCGCUUGUUUGAUCGGAUCGCGGGUAAGGAUGCCGUUGCUUGGACUGCUAUGGUUUCUUGCUAUUCUGAGAAUAACCGCCCGGAGGACGCGCUUCAGGUUUUCCGGGAGAUGAGGGUGGCGGUUUCUAAGAUCAACCCCUUUGCACUGACCAGCGUGCUCAGGGCUGCCGUGUGCUUGUCGUCGGUUGCGCUAGGCAAAGGUAUCCAUGCCUGUUCAGUAAAAACGCUUUAUGAUGCUGAGCCUCGCGUUUGUGGUGCGCUGCUUGAUAUGUAUGCCAAGUGUGGGGGUAUUGAGGAUGCCCGCUUGGCUUUCGAGAUGGUUCCCCAUGAUGAUGUGAUACUUUGGAGUUUUAUGAUAUCCCUGUACGCACAGAGCAAUCAGAACGGGCAGGCCUUCGAGCUAUUCAUCAAAAUGAUGCGGUCUUCUCUGGUGCCUAAUGAAUUUAGUCUAUCAAGUAUUCUGCAAGCUUGUGCUAAUAUGCCCCUCUUGGACCUAGGCGAGCAAAUUCAUAGCAAUGCUAUAAAGAUUGGUCAUGAGUCUGAGUUAUUUGUUGGAAAUGCACUAAUGGAUCUCUAUGCCAAGUGCAGCGACAUGGAAAGCUCACUCAAGAUCUUCUCAUCAUUGCGGGAUGCCAACGAGGUGAGCUGGAACACAAUUAUUGUUGGUUACAGCCAGUCUGGUUUUGGAGAAGAUGCUUUGACUGUAUUCCGUGAAAUGCGUGCUGCUCCAGCACCUUCAACUCAAGUUACAUACUCAAGCGUGCUCCGGGCUUGCGCAAGCACAGCAUCCAUCAAUCACGUUGGCCAGGUUCACUGUUUGGUUGAGAAAUCCACAUUCAACAGUGACACCAUUGUAAGCAAUUCACUUAUUGACUCAUAUGCAAAGUGUGGAUGCAUCAGGGAUGCUCGCAAGAUAUUUGAAACUCAGAAAGAACAUGGUUUAAUUUCAUGGAAUGCCAUAAUCUCAGGAUAUGCUGUUCAUGGACAUGCUGCACAGGCCCGAGAACUUUUUGACAGGAUGAACAAAAAUGGUAUUCAAGCUAACGAUAUCACUUUUGUUGCUCUCCUGUCUGUCUAUGGUAGCACGGGUUUAGUGAGCCAAGGACUCUCUCUGUUUAAUUCUAUGAAGCUUGAUCAUGGCAUCAAACCAUCCAUGGAGCAUUACACUUGCAUUGUUAGGCUUCUAGGACGUGCUGGCCGUCUGCAUGAUGCUCUGAACUUUAUUGGAAGUAUCCCUUCAGCACCAUCUGCUAUGGUUUGGCGUGCAUUGCUUAGCUCCUGUAUAGUGCAUAAAAAUGUGGAUCUGGGGAGAUUUUCUGCAGAGAAGGUGCUUGAGAUUGAACCACAAGAUGAGACAACUUAUGUCUUGCUAUCAAACAUGUAUUCUGCAGCUGGAAAUUUGGAUGAAGUUGCUCUUUUGAGGAAAUCAAUGAGGAAUAUAGGUGUAAGGAAGGAGACUGGUCUUAGUUGGGUUGAGAUGAAGGGUGAAGUUCAUGCCUUUUCAGUAGGGUUGGAAGACCAUCCAGAUAUGCGAGUGAUACAUGCUAUGCUAGAAUGGCUAAACCUGAAAACCCAUAGGGCAGGUUAUGUUCCUGAUACUAACGUAGUGUUGCAUGACGUAGAUGAGGAACAAAAGGCUCGCAUGCUGUGGGUGCAUAGUGAGAGAUUGGCUUUAGCAUAUGGGCUUGUGAUGACACCGCCUGGACAUCCAAUUCGGAUAAUGAAGAAUUUGCGCUCCUGCUUGGAUUGCCAUGCCAUAUUUAAGGUGAUAUCCAAAAUAGUCAAACAAGAAAUUAUUGUGAGAGACAUCAAUCGCUUUCAUCAUUUUGACAAGGGAACAUGCUCAUGUGGUGACUAUUGGUGAUGUUCCAUUGUCCAUUCAUGUAUUGAAGGGAGCUGCUCAUUGAUUUGCAUCACCUUUAGUAAUACUGGAUUGCUGGUUGAAAUGAUUAUGUUGAUGAUUUGCUGGACAUAAAAGAGCACUCUUUGUUCAGGUGAAUCAUGUACCAGGUUGGCAUCAAUCAGCAGGAUAAUUUGCAAAAAGAAAAAUGCUUGCUUGAUCUGGACUAAGCAAAGAAUGUUUUUCUUUAGAGAAAAUGCAGGAGGCUUGCUUCUUGAUGUAUUGAAAAGGUAGAAAGGAUAGUACAACCCAGGAGGGCAAGAUACAACACACACUAGAAAAGGAGAGAGAGAGAGAGAGAAAGAUUAGUGCACAUCCCAAUCAACUGGGAUUAGAACACGCAACCGCAGAGCACCGGCACGAGCCAAAUGGUGGGCCUCAUCCCUGAUUAUACCUGAUAGCCCUCUCCAGAAUGUUACACUGAAGGAUACAGAAAACAUCAAUUGAAGGAUACAGAAAACUUCAGGUUUUGUGCGGUUUCUGGUGAAACCCUCUGAUCAUGAAAUUGCCUUGUCAUGAUCAGUGAAGAUUAAAGCGAAAGGGUUGUUUUGGCUAUGAUAGCAAAAGAGAUUAGAACAUUUCAUCUUUCUCCGGAGGACAGGGAUUUAGUUGGCAAACUGCGGAUACUGCCUUUAUCGAUGAUUUUCUUGGGUAUCCUGAAAUGGAUCAGCGAACUGAACACCAUUGUACAUCACAACAGACAGUAGAAGGGCACCUUCAAUUUGUUUUCCUGGUUACUGCUGAAGUUUUGAAAAGUUGACCAGGUGCGAAUAUUGAAGCUCGCUAAAUUUAGGAUCGAUGAAACAUACAUAAACGCUGCAUAUUUUUCUUUGGUCUGGCUAUAUAUUCUGCUUCAUCUUUAAGCCGAGUCAGCGACCUACACUUUUGACCAUGGUGUUUGACAGUUUUGUAUUGGUGAUAGAACAAUGUAGUUGUGUCAUUAGUGUUUGUUUGUCCUAUUCUAUAUAGUGUUUUUAAUAAUCAGGUUAAGAACCAAAUAAGGAC